UUCCCAAUAUCACUCUCAUCUUUUAAUCCCAAACUCCCAUUUUCACGUUUCAAACGCCUCAUCAUUUUACUCUUUGACUGUACUCCGUAGUAAUCAGGGGUUCAUAAAAACUCGUCUUUUGCCUCUUCAAUUAAUCAAAUAUCCACUUUUAAUCUUACAUCACUCUUCUGAAUUCAACAAAAAUUAUUUCCAUUAUUAUAGUCUUAUAAUCCCUUCACCCCAAAUAUAAAUUGAAAAAGAACACUCAGAAAAAAUGAAAUUGAAGAAGAGGGCUUCCAUAAAUCAUACCAGUACUUCCACUAAUUAUUUUUCUGAAUGGAAGAUCAACCCCAAAAUCAGGGAUCAUGGAGGAGCGAAGAGAAGAGUGAAAAAGAAGAAGAUGAGGAAAGGGUAUUUCCGGAAUUUGAUUAUCCCUCACCUGAAACCCAGCUCAAUCCUGUGUUAUUAACUUUGCCUUUUAGGCGCUCUCGUCCGAGUAAUUACUCUUAUUACGACGACUAUGAUUCGGAUGCAAAUUUAGGUGAAAACAUUGAGGAUUAUCAUGAUGAGAUGAUGCUUUCUACUCCGUUCAUGGGAUAUACUCCUUUUGACAACUUAGAUGUACAUGUAUCAUCUAUCAUCAAAGAGAAGAUGACACAGGCGCUCAGGUGUUUCAAGGAAUCAACUGAGCAAAAUCAGAUUUUAGUUCAGAUUUGGGCACCUAUAAAGAGUGGGAAUCAGUAUGUGUUGACAACCACAGAGCAACCCUUUGUUUUAGGGAGACAUAGUAAUGGCUUGAAUCAGUAUAGGAGUGUUUCUUUGAUGUAUAUGUUCUCUAUUGAUGACGAGAGUGUAGCAACUCACGGAUUACCAGCUCGCGUUUUCAGACAAAAAAUGUCAGAGUGGUCGCCAAAUUUUCAGUACUACACCAGCAAAGAGUAUCCUCAAGUCAGUCAUGCAAAGCAUUAUAACAUCAGAGGAACCUUGGCUUUGCCUAUCUUUGAACCUUCAGGGAAGUCCUGUGUUGGUGUGCUUGAGCUUGUAAUGACAUCCCAAAAGAUCAACUAUGCUCCUGAAGUUGAUAAGAUCUGCAAAGCUCUCGAGGCAGUAAAUUUGAAGAGUUCACAGAUACCGGAUCAUCAAAACAUCCAGGUCUGUAAUGUAGGUCGCCAAAAUGCACUUGCGGAAAUCUUGGAAGUAUUGACUGAGCUGUGUGAAACAUAUAAAUUACCUCUGGCGCAGACUUGGGUUCCUUGCAGGCAUAGGUGUGUUCUAGCCUAUGGUGGUGGUCCGAAGCAAAGUUGUUCCAGCUUUGAUGGAAGCUGUAUUGAACAAGUAAGCUUGUCCACCUCUGAUGUCGCAUUCUAUGUUGUAGAUGCUCAUAUGUGGGGCUUCCGAGAAGCCUGUGCUGAGCAUCAUCUUCAGAAAGGGCAGGGUGUUGCCGGGGGGUCAUUUUCAUCCCAUGGUUUGAGUUACUGCCGAGAUAUUUCACAAUUUUGUAAAAUCGAAUACCCAUUGGUGCACUAUGCUCGCAUGUUUGGGUUAACUGGCAGCUUUGCUAUCUGUUUAAGGAGCAAACAUACAGGAGAUGAUGAUUAUAUUCUUGAGUUUUUUCUCCCUCUUAGCUUAAAAGACACAGAGCAACUUAACUUGCUAGGCUCCAUAUUGGCAACAAUGAGGCAAAAUCUCCAGAAUCUAAUGGUAGCUUCUGGGAGAACUCUGGAAGAGGAAAGGAGUCAUAAGGAAACCAUUGAAGUGUCGGUGAAUGAGAAUCUAGACUUACAAGUUGAAUCUAAUUUGUCUACUAGAUCUCUAUCUAACAACAACAUCAAUAAGGAUAAUAGGUCUGUUGCAAAGCUCAAGCAUGUGGAUGAAUAUGUCCAAGUUAAUGAUGGAACAAUAAUGACUACACAUUCUUCAGAUGAUGAAAUAAUUCUUGUUGAUAUGGAACCUCUAGACAGACAGCUAACAUCUGAAACAGGUUCUUCAGAUGAUGAAAUAUUUCUUGUUGGUGAGAACAAUCUCUCAUCUUUACAGAUCGGACAGUCAAAAAUGACUACAGAUGUUAAUGCAAAAGCUGAGAAAAAAAUAAGCAUGGAGGAUAUUGUUCCACUGUUUUCGCUGAAGCUAGUUGAUGCAGCAAAACAAUUGGGAGUCAGCAGGUCAACAUUGAAGCGCAAAUGCAGACAAUUUAAAAUUAAUAGAUGGCCAUCAAGCACAAAAAAGAAUGUCAAGAAAUUCAGAAGCAAACCUGGAUCUGCUUCUAUAGGUUCUGCACAGAUGAAUUCGAGCACCCCUGCUAAUCCACUUGGUGAUGAACAGAAUCUUGAGUUCCUGCAGGACUCAAAUCAUGGUCCAUCAAGUGCGAGACUAGAUGGAACUUGUAUCAUCUUCACAGUGAAGGCCAAAUACAAGGAAGAUUUAAUUAAAUUUAGUUUCUCAUCAACAUUCUGUUUCACUCAACUGAAGGAAGAAGUGAGCAAGAGGCUAAAUCUGGACUCAAGCAGUUUUAAGAUCAAGUAUCAUGACGAUGAUGAUGAUCUUGUGUUAAUCACCUGUGACUCUGACCUGCAGUAUUUUCUGUGUAAUUUAGAGUUGUCCAAAAGCAAGGCAGUGAGUUUGUUGAUUUAUGACUCAAGUUAAUGUGAGAGAACCAACAUUAUAGUUAAUAUUAUAUCUGCUUUGUGUAUUUGUGCUGCAGAUAGAUUAGGCCUUCAUAAUACUUGGUAAAAUAUACGAACUGCAGAGUAGUUGUUUUGCACUUCUGAAAUCAUCGUACUGGUAACAAACUCACGUUUUGCACUUCAUGUUCGCGCAGAGUAGAGUCAUGUUAUUUCUGAAAAGUAUGUUUCACGGAUCAUGUUAAUGAGAACAUCAGUAAAAAGACUAAA